AUGUCAAAUGCAACGCCACAUUACUCCAACAGCCUCAAUCAUAAUAAUCAUACGGAUGAGCAGUUGGAUAUGGAUGAUAAUUACUCACAACACUGGCAACAGCAAGUCCAAGUCGCGGCGGAAUCAAGGCAGAGCGCGCAACAGCCUCACCGUCACUGCAAAGAGCGAGACGCCGUGCGAUUAUUGGAUCGGGGCGCCCAUGAAGCGAACGAUGAGAACAAGAAUGAUGAAGGAAAAGAGGAGCGAAAUCGUGCAUCAGUAACAGAUGUCAUAAGGAGGCAAGACUGGGAUGCACUGGAUUUCAGCGGCCAAGGUCUGAAAGCGAUCGCCCGACCAGUGUUCCUGCAAUUCACCUUUCUGAGAAGGUUAUUCCUUGACAACAACCGAUUGAGUCGUCUCGAUCCCGCAAUAGGUUAUCUCAGGCUUUUGAGCCAUCUGAACGUCUCGGGAAACCAGAUCGCCGAAAUUCCCCCAGAGAUUGGCAUGCUAGUCAACUUGAAAGAUUUACAGAUAUUUGAUAAUCAGUUGACCAGCGUACCCACAGAAAUGGGGCAUUUGUACAAGCUAGAGUUUCUAGGUCUGGAGGGCAACCCGCUCGAUCGAGAGAUAAAGACACUACUCUCGGAACACGGAACCAAGGGUCUCAUUACUCUUCUUCGUGACGUCUAUCAAGACACCCCCGAGCCUCCCCCGCGUGAGUGGCUAGAAUUUGAACAUUCCGAAGCCUCAGAGUCGUUGUCAGUCCUUUCGUAUAAUAUUUUGUGCGACAAGUACGCCACUAUCAGUCAGUACGGCUACACACCAGCAAAAUCUCUCGCAUGGGAUGGUCGCAGGCAGCUUGUUUUAGAUGAGAUGACAGCCCAGAAUGGAGAUGUGAUAUGUCUUCAAGAAGUUGACCGAGAAAGCUUUCAGGAUUACUUCCAAUACCACUUGGCAAAGGCGGGUUACAGAGGUAUUUUCUAUCCCAAAUCAAGGGCCAAAACAAUGGCAGAAAAGGAGGCAAAGCUUGUCGAUGGGUGCGCAAUCUUCUACAAAGCCAAGAAUUACAUCUGCCUAGACAAGAUGGUAGUCGAUUUCGGCAGCACUGCCAUUAAUAGGUUGGACAUGAAAGGCGAACACGACAUUUUCAACCGCGUCAUGCCAAGAGAUAAUAUCUCUGUGGUUGCCUUUCUCGAAAACCGGUGGACGGGGGCACGGAUUAUGAUUGGCAACGCGCACAUAUACUGGGAUCCUACAUAUGCCGAUGUCAAGCUCGUACAAGUGGCCAUAUUGAUGGAGCAAAUAAGCAAGAAAGCAGAGGAAUGGUCAGCCAAACCACCCUGUGCUGAUAAAGCUGCAUUUCGAUACUCCGAAGAUGAUGCCACAGCCGAUGAAUCGCCCGACCCACCACCAGAGCCGGGACCAUCGCUUGAGUACUCUAGUGGCCCUUCGAUACCUCUGGUGCUAUGCGGUGACUUCAACUCUGCGGUCGGCACUGGUGUUUACGACCUGCUAACAAAGGGGGAGCUGCCAGGGUCACACGAGGAUCUCACGUCUCGAAAUUACGGCAACUUCACCCGAGAUGGCAUGCACCAUCCCUUUAAACUCAAGUCUGCGUAUAAUACUAUGGGUGAGCUUAAAUUCACGAAUUACACGCCCAACUUUACCGGCGUGAUUGACUACAUUUGGUACUCAUCGAAUGCAAUGGAAGUGAAAGGUCUUUUGGGAAAUGUCGAUGCGGACUAUCUCCGUCGCGUGCCUGGAUUUCCCAACAAGCAUUUCCCCAGCGAUCACCUGGCGUUGAAAGCGGAAUUUGCCAUCAAGCCGCAGAGGCAGUCAAGGAUGAAGGAAACUGAUCGUGGAGUGCGGAAGAAUUAG